AAAGAUCCUCCUGAUGAAACGAAGGCUGUGUUAUUCAAUGAUGCAAAUCUCACAAUUUGUUUUGUGCCAGUAAUCAGUAUUGACUUCUCGUUUUUGCCUCUAGACGAUGAGAACUUCUCUGGGAAAUACUUCCACCUGAUUGAUCCGGAUGUUGACGAGGACCAAAAGAGGAACCCAGAGAGGAAGAAGUUAAAGCUGAAGGAAGUGCAUCUCACCAAGCUGCUCUCCACCAAGGUGGCCGUGCAUUCGUUUGUGGAGAACCUGUUCAGGUCCAUCUGGGCGAUGCCACAGAGCCGAGCGCCGCAUGCUGUCAAGUAUUUCUUCGACUUCCUGGACACUCAGGCGGACAACAUGAAGAUCAUGGACCCAGACGUCCUGCACAUCUGGAAGACCAACAGUUUACCGCUGCGCUUCUGGGUCAACAUCCUGAAAAACCCCCAGUUUGUAUUCGAUAUGGAGAAGAGUUCGCAGUUGGAACGCUGCCUGUCGGUCAUCGCUCAGGCCUUCAUGGACUCCUUCUCCCUCAGUGAGACUCAGCUGGGGAAGCACGCGCCCACAAACAAGCUCCUCUACGCCAAAGAUAUUCCCAAGUUCAAACAGGAAGUGAAGGCUUACUACAAGCAGGUCAGAGAGCAGUCGCCAAUCACUGACUCUGAAUUUAAGGCUUUCCUGCAGGAGGAGUCCAAGAAACACGUGAAUGAAUUCAACGAAGCAGCGGCCCUCGGAGAGCUCUACAAAUUCAUGCUGAAAUACUUCACAGAGAUACUAGAUAAACUGAACCAGAAUGGCGCCCCUGCUGAGCUGAUUGAGCAAGUGCAUCAAGUCAAAAACUUGUUUGAUGGAUUAAAGAGCUGCUCUUGGAGCUGAGCUGUCUGAAGAUCUGACAGUGACAAGCUGUCACGUGACCAGAGAAGAGACUAUAGGCAAGCAUAUAUCAUCCUCCCCUGCAUGGAGAUGAAGGUAUCAGGUAUGUUUCAAUGCACAGUGAGGUUGAGCUACGGUUGAAUGAUGCAGCCGCCUCUGCUCCGUUAGCAUUUGGCAGGGACUUAUUGCCAUUCCUUUCACCUUGUAUUUUAAUUCUGACAGUUUAGAUGUAUCCUUGUCUGGAUUUAGUUUUUCUUCGGUGUACUAGCUUCUUCUCUUAAUUCAGUGACAAACUGGAACAUGCAAUUUAGGCCAAUUUGGAUCCAGUUGAACAUAUACAUGUAGAAAUACUCCCAACAUAAAUUGUGUUUGUAAGUC